AUGAAAAAAUGUAACUCAAGGACUAAACCAGCUUUACAUGAUGAACUGAGCAUUGUAAAUGAAAUUAAAGAAAUAGAAGUAACAACACACAGAAAAGAAGCUGGUUCUCCAGAAAGCAUCUCAACUGACACCUUUUCAAAUGUUGCCAGCAAUGAUGAAGCAGAUAUUAUUGUUGUGGGCGCUGGUGUUCUUGGUGCAGCGUUUGCAGCUGUUAUGGCAAGAGAUGGAAGAAAGGUCAUGGUGGUUGAGAAGGACAUGAAGGAGCCUGACCAGUUUGCUGGAGAAGUAAUGCAGCCUGGUGGUUUUCAAAUGCUUAAAGAAUUGGGUCUUGCUGAUUCCAUGGAAGGAUUUGAUGCCUCUCCAUUCACUGGAUACCAUAUGUAUGAUCUUGACAACAAGGACAACAUGCAUCUGCAUUUCCCACUGGGAGAAAAUAAGAAAGUGAAGGAAGGUAGAUCAUUUUUUCAUGGACGCUUUGCAGUGGGCCUCCGUAAGCUAGCCAUGGCAGAACCAAAAGUUCGAUUUAUUGAAGGUACUGUGACACGUUUAUUGGAGGAAGAAGGAUAUGUUACUGGAGUGUUGUAUAAGGAAAAGGAAACUGGAAAUAAUAAGACUCCUCCAGAAUGGAAAACAACUAAGAUGACAAUACUGACAUAUGAAACAAUCCUGGUGUUUUUCUAUCAGGUUUCUUCUACUGAAACCAGAAUACUAAUAAAUUUCAUAGGACAGCCUCCAAGAAACUUAAAGGAUUAUAUAAUGGAAAAUAUUUACCCCCGAACACCUGAAGUGCUAAAAGACCCCUUACUCACAGCACUGCAGAAUGAACACUUAAAGAUUAUACCUGCAAGGUACUUACCUGCUGUGGCUGUCAACAAACCAGGUGUCCUUAUUUUGGGUGAAGCAUACAAUAUCCGACAUCCUUUUACAGGAGGAGGAAUGAGUGUAAUUCUAAAUGACAUCAAAAUAUGGAGAGAAUUAUUGCAAGACAUUCCUGAUCUAUAUGAUAAUGAAAAAAUCUUUCAGGCCAAACAGAAAUUCUACUGGUUAAGGAAGAAGUCAUGCUCCUUUGUGGUGAAUACUCUUGCUGAAGUACUGCAUAGACUUUUUACUGCCUCAGAUGAGACCCAGCUACUUGUAAGGAAAGCUCUGUUCUGUUACUGCAACCUAAGUGAACAGCAUGCUUUGGGACCAGUUCUUCUCACAACAGUGUUAGCACCAAAGCCACUUGCAUUGAUUAAGACUCUUUCCACUGUUAUAUUAUAUGCAAUGUACCUUUCCAUCAAGUCAGAGCUAUGGUACGCCAAACCACGUGGUCUCUGCAAGAGUACUGUUGUGCUUUACAAUUCACUGGCAGCUUUAAUUCCUCUCAUCUAUUCAGAAAUAAAGCAGCACAAUAAUUAAUGUUUGUUAACUAAAGAUUAGAACCAGCAUUUUGUAUGACUACAGAUACUAUGGUAGCCAAUGUUCUGAAAAUAAAGUAUGUAAUACUAAAUCUAUGUGGAAGAAUCUCUAUAAAAUUAGAAUUCAUGUUUGUUAACUGGUUUUCUUGAGGGAGUUGCUAACAGCAUGACACUUGUUCAAAACAAUUUUCUGAUACACAUCACAUUGAACAUAUUACCCUAGAAAGUGCUCGUGACCAAAACAAUUUGUUGAUAUGUCUCUGGUUGAGCACAGUCCUCUGGAAAGUGCUCAUCGCUGAAAACAAGCAGCUGGAUCUUAAGAAAAACAAAUGUUUUGAUUCCAUUAAGAAAUUAAGGUACUUACGUAUUAUCGCAACCAGAUUUUUGUGUUAAUGCUGGUUGCUUCUGUUAAGGUCAAAUAGUAGCACUACAGUGUUAUGAAGGUUAGAGGCAUGUGUUCUGUAAUGUGUUUAUACUUUUAGGAAGGUUUAUCAUUGAAACAGCUCAAAUAAUAAGGUUCAAAAACAGGUUUCCUCUUUUACCGCCAGCAUCUCCUGUCAGUUAAGCGAGUCCCAUUCUACUGCAAAUGUGUUCCUUCCACAUGCUGUAGUUGUGAAGUAGGAAAUCUCUGUUUUCAAACCUGUAUUAUUUAUCAGCCGUUUCAAUGAUGAAGCUACCUAAGUCCACCAAACCUGUUUCUAACCUUCAUAAUACUGUCAUACAUCCAAAAAAAACAAAAAGGUAACGCCGAAGAAGUAGUAGUCCUUCACCAAAAGGAACUGCAGUGCAAAGUAAUCCAUUCCACAGAUCGUAAGCUAACUCCUGCACUCCUUUCAGCCCAACAUAUGUACACACAUGCAACCACUGCGAUCGCUGAAUUCAAUGCUUGACGUCUUUAAAGGACGCUACCCACACACCUCAAAAUUAUAAGUCUUACCAGUUUUUUAAAACCCCCACCGAUAUCCCCAACAGACUUUCUGCCAGUCUACACUUCCAUAUCACACUUCAGUGAGGCCAUUUCAGUAAAAGUGAAGAAAGUAAAAGAUGUUGCAAAAUCCGGUUGCGAUAAUACGUAAGUACCGAAAUUAAUUAUGCCUGCUUGUCCAGUUCUUGAGGACAUUGGCACAGAUUAGUAACACUUACAAAAGUCUACACCACUUUAGGGAUUUUUUGCUGCAAAAACAGAUUACUGAUAUCUAAUAUAGCACUUUUGCUGCAUGAUGUUUUCAGGAAAAUGCAUUGGACGAAGGUGAUUUGAUAAAUUAUGCUCUGUUGUCCAUAAUAUUAAUUAAAUGCACAGUAUAUUUCAUAUUAUUUUCAGUGUUUUAUUUUAAUACAUGCUCUUCUAUCAAUAAAACUCAUAUUAUGUCACCAA